AUGGUGUGGGGCCUGUUCGCAGCGGCAGAGCUGAACAGUGUGCUCUGUCUAGGUCCCGUGAGCAGUGCCGAAGUCCGCCUCUGCACGGGGUGGCUGAGCUCUGCGACGCUGAACGUCAAGGUCAUCCCUGUGCUUGAGGACAACUACAUGUACCUAGUCAUCAAGGAGCACACGUGGAUGCCUGUGGCCAAGGACAUGACGAUGCCCAAGAGGCAGCUGGAGAUUGUGGGCUGGAAGGGGGUAUCAUUGACCACCAUACUGACCAUUCACCAUCACGGGACCAAGAGCAAGGACAUGCAGAGAUGGAGUUAUCUGUGGCCUGGGCUGGUGCUGGAUGCCAAUGAACACAUCUGUGCGCUGACCCACAGACUGGAACAUGGUGCCCUGCAUCCACCUGCUCCAGCUUCUCUGACCCAUCUCCCUCCAACUGGCACCUAGAGAGAACGGCUCAGCAGAUGUACCAGAGCCUGGCAGAGACCCUGGGCACCCCUGCCCCAAGAGAGACGACACCCAACUGAACUGCCCCGGCCAGGUGUCCCGUGGCUAUGAGCACACACUGGCAACCUUGAGUCUGUGGGGCCCUGCAAUGUCCACAUGAAGGCAAAGCUGUCAGGAGCCAAGGCACAGCCACUUCUCCCCUC